UCCUACUACAAUCGUUUCGGGGCCUUCUAUGCGCGCUCCUUUGCUGCCCGGCCAUGGGCAACGCUGGCAGUCACAAACGGUACCCUCUCCGUCGUAGCAGACUCCCUUGCCCAGUCCCUCGAGCGGUAUCAAUCACGUCCCACCCUGGACAAUGCUACCUCGACUGGAACAGCAGAUACCAGGGAAGCAUGGAAAUGGGACUGGUCGCGCACAGGAAGGUUCGCCUUCUUCGGUGUGGGCAUGGCGCCCCUCUUGGCAGAAUGGAACAAGUUCAUCGAGUACCGCUUCCCACUUAGGACGGUAGGCGCAGCUCCUGCCGCUGGUGCUGCUGCUGCUGGAGGCAAAGUUAGCCUCGUGGCGCUGGGCAAGCGGGUAGCCUUUGAUCAGAUCCUCUUCGCUCCCUUCGGCCUGGUAUGCUUCGUGGGGACAAUGGGUCUCCUCGAGUACCGCAAUUGGCAGGGCGUCAAGGGCAAAUUCGAAGACAUGUACCUAUCGGCACUCUUUGCCAACUGGCAGCUCUGGCCUAUGAUUCAGUUGGUCAACUUCCGCUUCGUUCCUCUGAGACUCAGGGUACCCUUCACCAGCGCUUGCGGCAUUGCUUGGACACUCUGGCUCAGUCUACUCAGU